AGCAAUUUUAUUAAAUUGAAAGUCCACGGACAUCGUACAAGUGGACUUGUGUUAUGACCCUAGGCAUGACAAUUGACAAUCAUAAUUGUAUGCAGUUCAUUUAUUCAUUACUAUCUUUGAUUAUAAUAUUUUAAAAAAGUUUCUUAUUUAUAAUUUGUCCAUAUUUAUUUUGAAGACUCACAAUUAUGAAUCUAAUAAUUUAAAUAGAUUAUAAUGAAUACCAAUACAAGUUUUGACUAUGAUAAUAUAAUUGACGAACUAUUGAUGAGUGAAAAUUAUACAGCUGAAAAAUAUUAUAUCGAAGGAACUGAGAAUUCUUCUAAAAAUGCAUACAAGGAAGGUUUCACAAUAGGUUAUCAAAAAGGUUGUGAUAUUGGAUUAGAAAUUGGUUUUUAUGCUGGGAUUUUAAUUGGCAUAAAAAAAUUACUCCAAUCAAAAAUAAUUAUACUUUCUGAAAAAGAACUUAACAUUUUACAAAAGCUUUCAAACCUAAUUGAAUUAUUUCCUCAGAUAAAUGAUAAAAAUGUUGAUAUCAUCAACCAGUAUAAUGAACUAAAAGGAUUAUACAAAAAAUUUUGUUUUAAUUUAAAAAUUAAAAAUUUAGACAAAAGGAUUCUCAAUUUUUCAAAAUGGAACAAUUAAGAUCUAAAUUAGAAGAAGUUAUUAUUUAUUUAAAACCAUAUUUACCUAUUGCUAAUAGCCAUGUAGUUAAUUUUAUUACUAAUAACUUUUGGGAAACGAUCAUACCUAGUGACAUACGAGAAGAAAUUGAUUUAAAAGGCACAGAGUUUGUGUUUUCAAAUUUUUGGUCAGAAAAUCAAGUUCCUGAUUCUCUUACACGUUUUUUUACCUCUUCAAAAUUUAACAACUUAAAUUCAUACCCAAGUACUUGUUAUAUGAAAUUAGAUGAUGCAUAUAAUGUACUGCAAUCUUGGGGUUAUAAGCCUAUGGAUAAACCACUUAAUUUAAAAGAAUUUAUGGGUGCUAAGAAAAUGCAUGAAGUAGAAGUUAUGGCCAAAUUAGUGGCAGAGUUUUCUAAGUAUGCUGGUACAGAAAUUAUAGUUGAUAUUGGCGGUGGAAAAGGAUAUUUAAGUUCACUCUUAGCUUUGGCUUACAAUUUCAAUGUGCUUGGUAUUGAUUCACAAUCAAUCAAUUCUGAAGGUGCUAGAAUUCGAACAAAGAAAUUUGAGAAAUAUUGGCAGUCUAUUAAGAAAAAAUCAAACAGCAUUCCUGAUGAAAAGAUAACUCUUCCAAUAAUAAAAGAAAAAUUUGAUACUUAUGAAGAAUAUUAUGAAAAAUACAGCAGAAAAUCAGCUGUGCUGGGUAGUACUUAUAAACAAAUUACAGAAUAUGUUACUGAAAAUACCAACAUUGCACAUUUAGCACAAACUGAAUUUAAAGUAAAUAACAAAAAAGAAUUUACUUUAAUUGGACUACAUACAUGUGGUUCUUUAGGUACUACGUGUUUAAAGUUAUUUACUGAACCUAAAAAUAAUUUAAAACUAUUGGUCAAUGUUGGUUGUUGUUAUCAUUUAAUUGAGGAAGAAUUCACCAAUGAUCCAUUUUGGGAUGAUAUUGAAAUUGCAUUGAAUAAAAAUGAAUCAUAUGGUUUUCCUGUAAGUAAUUAUCUGAGAGAAAGAAAAUUUGUACUUGGGCGAGAUGCUAGAAUGUGUGCAUCUCAAUCACCAGAUAAAUUUUUUAAUUCUAAAGAUAUAAACAAUUCAACAAAACCACUGUUCUAUAGAGCCUUAUUACAAGUUUAUUUAGUACAAGAACUUGGAUGUAAGGAUAUUAGUAGAUGUCAUGUUGGAAGGUUAGCACAUAAAUGUUUGACAUUCAAUGAGUAUGUGCAAAAAGCUGCUAAACGAUUACAAUUAGAUAUCGAGAUUGACAAUGAAAAAAUAAAUGUAUUUUAUGACAAAUAUUUAAUUGAAUAUGAACGGUUAAAAGUAUUUUUUCUUUUAAAACAAGCGUUAGCUCAAGUUAUUGAAGGACUUAUAAUAAUGGAUAGAUUACUUUACCUUUAUGAACAGGGAAUUGAUGAAGCUUUUGUCGCCAAACUUUUUGAUCCGAUAUUGUCUCCUAGAAAUCAUGCGAUUAUUGCACUAAAGAAAAAUUAAACUUGAAUAAAAAAAACUCUAUUUUAUACUGAUACUUAUUUUGCUUUAGAAAUCUUAGUAAUAUUUAAAAAUUCAGCAAUAUUUUGACUGAUUCUUUAUUUUUAUUAAUAUCAAACUUGAUGAAAUGUAAUGUUUGUAUCGAUGUUACAUUUAUAUUAAUUUGCAAAGUUAAAACUAAAAUACUUUAUAAUUAUAUUAUUUUAAUGUUGAUUAAUAGCAGCACUGAGACUGAUUUUAUGAGUCUUGACUCUUGACUAAUAGCAGAAAACAUAUCAUAAAUCCUACUGAUUACUAUAAAACAAUAAUUGUUCUUUUUAUUGUGGACAUUUUUUUUCAAAUUUCAACUUCAAUAUCAUUUCUGAAAGUUAAUCUAUUUGGUACUUUGGGGUGGAUAGAAGGGUGUGUGUGUUACACAUAAAUGUGUUAAAUUUGAAUUCUAUGAUAUACUAUAGGAAAAUGAUUCUGAGCUAUGAUGGUCUAUAUGUGGUUUAAUGGCUUGUAUCAAGUUAGUUUCAUGUUUUAUUUUUUGAUAUUGCUAUUAAAGUAACUUAUUUUACUAUGA